AUGCCAGAAGGGCCAUCUGUGAGGAAGUUUCACCAUCUCGUCUCCCCCUUUGUGGGCCAGAAGGUGAUCAAGACAGGCGGCAGCAGUAGGAAGGUCUACCCUGCCACCUUUCAGUCUCUGUGGCUUCAGGAUGCUCAGGUGCAUGGAAAAAAAUUAUUCCUUCGGUUUGAUCCAGAUGAGGAGAUGGAGCCACUCAACAGCAGCCCACAGCCUGUACAAGGAAUGUGGCAGAAAGAGGCUGUGGACCCAGAGCUGGGCUUGGGUUCCAGUGCUCAGGAACCCUCUGCAGGCCCCUCUGGAUCUGGGGAGCCUGUUCCCAGUAGAUCUGAUGAAACAUUUGAUCUUGGGGGGAAGAUCCCUUCAGCAGGUGCUCGGAAGUGGCUGGAGGUCAGGUUUGGUUUAUUUGGCAGUAUCUGGGUGAAUGACUUCUCCAGAGCAAAGAAAGCUAACAAAAAAGGUGACUGGAGAGACCCAGUGCCCAGGCUGGUACUCCAUUUUAGUGGUAGUGGCUUCCUGGUAUUUUAUAAUUGCCAGAUGUCAUGGAGCCCUCCCCCAGUGAUUGAGCCCACUUGUGACAUAUUGUCUGAAAAGUUCCAUCGAGGACAAGCUUUGGAAGCUCUAAGCCAGGCUCAGCCUGUGUGCUACACACUCUUGGACCAGAGGUACUUCUCAGGAUUAGGGAACAUUAUAAAGAAUGAAGCCUUGUACAGAGCAAGGAUACAUCCCCUCUCUCUCGGUUCAUCCCUGAGUUCUUUCUCUCGGGAGGCCCUUGUGGAUCACGUGGUGGAGUUCAGUAAGGACUGGCUUCAGGACAAAUUCCAAGGCAAGGAACGGCACACACAGAUCUACCAGAAGGAACGAUGUCCUUCUGGUCACCAGGUCAUGAAGGAGACAUUUGGGCCCCCAGAUGGGCUCCAGAGGCUCACCUGGUGGUGCCCUCAAUGCCAACCCCAGCUGUCCUCCGAGGGGCCACAGACUCUUCCGUCCUCCUAA